CAGCGCCUCACACAUGAACCAUGUUCCUUCCUACACUUGGGGGCGAUCAGGUGAGCUGUCUUCUCUCAUGCUCUUCUGCAGCUUUUGCACUCUUUUACAUCCCACCCAAAACAGCAGUGAUCCACGGCUCAGGGGCUUGGCUUGAAACCGGGGUGGAGCAAACGUGUCGGAUUGAAACUAGAGGCCUUGCUCAGACCACUUCUUCUCCACAAGGGACCAGCACCCUACUGCUGUUGCUGUAUUCUCCCGUGCGGGACGUUGUGAACUCGAAACAUAUUCAUCCCACGUAUGGCCAUGAAGAGCCGUUCUCGGACUAAUCUCCGUGGUGGAUGUGGCCCCUUUCAUUCUAGAACUCCUACAGCUGUCGAGCGACAUCAUCCUAUAAAGCCUGUUGUCUGUCGCUCGUUUUAAUCGCUCAGUAACCUCGUGCAACCCUGCCAGCCACCACCUCAAAUCAUCCUACUCACCUCUCGUCACAAUGCUUCGUCUCGAAACCCUCGCUGCCCUCGCCGUCCUCGGCCUGGCCAACGCUCAGUCUACCGUUGGCUUCGGUCCCUACUUCAGCCUGGGUCCUACUCAGAGCUGGAUCCGCGAGGCCACGACCACUCUUGUGCUCCCCGAAGUUCCCAGCCCCGUCGCGGACCGUCUCGCCCUGUGGCCCGGCAUGGGCACCAGCGGCGGUGAUCUGAUCCAGGCGCUUGCUGUUUCUUUCUCCGACCCCAAUGC